GGUUUAAGACCAAAAAAAUAAAAGAUGCGGCAAAAUUUAAAAAGCAAAAUAAAAAUUGAAGAAAAAGCGGAAUUAACGCGGAAUCGCAAGUGAGCGUUAGUAAAUUAAAAAAGAGAAAGAAAGCCGAGAACAAAAAUAUCGAUCGAGACGGAAAAUGACAUCAUCAUCCACCAUCCCCCAUCUUCCUCCGCCCGAAGACCGCCCCGUUCGCGUCUACGCCGAUGGCAUCUACGAUCUCUUCCAUUUCGGCCACGCUCGUUCCCUUGAACAAGCCAAAAAAUCAUUUCCGAACACGUACCUUCUCGUUGGAUGCUGCAGCGAUGCAGUAACACAUAAAUAUAAAGGCAAAACCGUCAUGACUGAAGAUGAACGUUAUGAAUCUCUCCGUCACUGCAAAUGGGUGGAUGAAGUGAUCCCGGAUGCACCUUGGGUUACCAAUCAGGAGUUUCUUGACAAAAACAAUAUUGAUUUUGUAGCUCAUGACUCUCUUCCAUAUGCUGAUACCAGUGGUGCUGCAAAUGAUGUUUAUGAAUUUGUUAAGGCAGUUGGAAAAUUUAAGGAAACACAACGGACUGAAGGUAUAUCUACAUCAGAUAUAAUAAUGAGGAUUGUCAAAGAUUAUAACCAGUAUGUGCUGCGUAACUUGGAUCGAGGGUACUCAAGAAAAGAUCUCGGUGUUAGCUAUGUUAAGGAAAAGCGAUUGCGCGUGAAUAGGAGACUGAAAACGUUGCAAGAGAAAGUAAAAGAACAGCAAGAAAAGAUCCAAACUGUUGCAAAGAAUGCUGGUAUGCAUAGGAAUGAGUGGGUGGAAAAUGCUGAUCGUAUGGUUGCUGGAUUUCUAGAAAUGUUUGAAGAAGGUUGCCAUAAGAUGGGAACUGCCAUAUGUGAUCGAAUUCAAGAAAGCUUAAGAGGUCAGCAAUCAAAUGAUGAUUCAUUUCUUCAAAAUGGCACGGAUGAUGAGGAUGAAGAGUAUUACGAUGAUCAUGAAGAGGAUAGUGAUGAAGAGUACUUUGAAGAAUAUUUUGAUAACAAUGAGCUUAAUCCCCAGAAUAAUGGGAAAGACAUGAACAAAACGUAGGCAUGCAUAAAUGAAUUUGCUAGAUUCUUGUCAGAAUAUGCUUAGCAACCUCCCAUGAGAUUUAUGCUGCAAAAUUCUGUACUUAGUCUUGUAUCAAGAAACAUGCUUCAAUGUUGCAGAAGGGACCUUCCAUUUUGCUGGCGCGGUCCAAAUUUUCAGCAUUACAUCUUGAUAUUACAUGAAAGUGUUGUUUGUAUACCAGCCCUGUUUUUUUUUGUGUGUCUGACUAGAUAUGUAUAAUUGACUUAAUGAUAGUGAAAAUUUGGUCCUUUCCUUUUCA